UCAAGCGUCCAACCACGCAAAAAGAGGAACUCUGCCCUCUUGUCAUUCUGAAAUACUGUGAAACCGGAGUCAAUUCUCCAUCAUCUACAGGAAACGGGGACUUCCUACUUGGUCAGGACCUUGAACCCUGAAUUCAUAAAAUCUCUUGAGAGCCCCAGGGACAAAGACGUCGUGGACAAAAGCCCUUGGAACUAGAGAGAAACCAAAAUGGAGAUUUCACCUACCACAGAGGACUACGGCAUGAUCACAGAAUAUGACUAUGGGGACACAACCCCAUGCCAGAAGGAGACAGAGAGGGCCUUUGGGGCCCAGUUGCUGCCCCCUCUGUACUCUCUAGUAUUUAUCAUUGGCCUGGUGGGCAAUGUCCUUGUGGUCUUGGUCCUCAUGCAAUACAAAAGGCUCAGAAGCAUGACCAGCAUCUACCUCCUCAACCUGGCCAUCUCUGACCUGCUCUUCCUCUUCACGCUGCCCUUCUGGAUCAACUACAAGUUGAAGGAUGACUGGGUUUUUGGUGAUGGCAUGUGUAAGCUUCUCUCUGGGUUUUAUUACAUAGGUUUGUACAGUGAGAUCUUCUUCAUCAUCCUGCUGACCAUCGACAGGUACCUGGCCAUCGUCCAUGCUGUGUCUGCCUUGCAGGCUCGGACUGUCACCUUUGGUAUCAUCACCAGCAUCUUCACCUGGGUCCUGGCCAUCUUGGCUUCUAUCCCCGGCUGGUACUUUUCCAAGACCCAGCGGGAGAUCAAGCAUCACACCUGCAGCAUUCAUUUCCCUCCUGAAAGCCAAAGAAAUUGGAAAAUAUUUCAGGCUCUAAAACUGAACCUCUUGGGGCUGGUUUUGCCUCUGUUAGUCAUGAUCUUCUGCUACACAGGCAUCAUCAAGAUUCUGCUCAGACGACCAAAUGAGAAGAAGUCCAAAGCCGUCCGUCUGAUUUUCGUCAUCAUGCUCAUCUUCUUCCUCUUUUGGACCCCCUACAAUCUGACUAUACUUGUUUCUGUCUUCCAAGACUCCCUGUUCACCAAUCAGUGUCAGCAGAGCAAACACCUGGACGUGGCCAUCCAGGUGACAGAGGUGAUCGCCUACACACACUGCUGCGUCAACCCGGUGAUCUACGCCUUCGUUGGGGAAAGGUUCCGCAAGUACCUGCGCCAGCUGUUCCAUAGGCAUGUGGCUGUGCACCUGGCUAAAUGGCUCCCCUUCCUCUCCACGGACAGGUUGGAGAGGGCCAGCUCCAUGUCUCCCUCCACAGGGGAGCAUGAGCUCUCUGCUGGGUUCUGACUCAGACCACUUGUGGCCUAUCUGGGACCCAGUAGGAAUGACCUGCCAGGCAGGCCUGGAGAGGAAACAGCCUGGCUGUCUCAGCUGGAUUCUCCUACCUGGCAUUGCACAGAAUCACAGCCACUCAGGGUUGAGAGGGAGCUUAAAGGUGGCUUAGACUAAAUCACUUCUGGGGCUCAGUCUUUUCCAUUAACUUCUCCCUAGUGGCAAAAAGAUGAAUGGGACAAGAGUGCCAGCAAAAGGCUUGGGCCUAAGCAGGAUUUCAAGUUUGUGAGCAUUAAUGUUUGUCAACAAAGCCACUGCAGCUCCCAUUCCCACCCCACCCUCACCAUCCAUGAACUCGGAAACAGUGAGCUCCUCCGUGAGUCUGCCCUGAGCCUGGGAGCCAGCCAGUAGCCAGCAGCUCCUCCCUCACUGUCCGCCCCCCAGCAGGGUUUAGGUUCUUGGGGAACCCUGGGGACCGCAGGACUUAUGAUGGAACAACUUGAGACCUAAUGGGAAUAGGAAUGAGGAACUAUCUUUGACAGUGGAAUUGAGAAUACCCUUCGAGAGAAAUUUUUAUAUUCACUAAAAUCAAAUGAUUCAGGCAGUAGGCUAAACUCAGACCAUAGGAAUAACAUGUUGUGCUUCUUGAAAUUGCCAUAAAGGGAAGGAACUCAUAAUUUCCAUUUAUCACUUCUUUCCUUCUGAAUUUUUCCAGUAUCUCUCUCCCCUGCUAGUCAGGUAAUGGGUAGAUCAAUUCUGUCAACUUUCUUGCAGAAAUUGACAACAGGCAAAAGGAAAUGGGCUUGAGUUUUUUUCUUUUGGCUUCAUCCACGUCUUCUGGUUUUAUGGAUCAGAGAGUUCUGACUGCCACCUUGGAUCUAUUAGCAAAAAAAUAAUCCUCUGUGUGAAUCAGCUGUGUUUGGAGCUGGGAGGGAGAAAAGUGGCCACCAGAAAGACACCUGACCUUGCAGGAGUCAGGGGCGGGGGGUACCCUCUGUCUUGAAGUGGGAGAUGGAGAGGGCCCUUAACUCCAUGUAGCUUAGUUAUCCAAAAUGUCUUUAAAAACCUCAUCUCUAAACAAGAACCCCUAUUUAUGGCUUUGUUCCCUUUUCUUUCCCAAGACAUGUAUUUGUUUAAGAACAAUUUCCUUGAUAACAAAAAUUACUUCUAAAAAACUCUUAAAACCACCGAGAAAAGACAAAGGAACAAAAUCAUCCGUAAUCCCGCUAUCCAGAGAGAACUGGCAUGCCUGUUUUGAUGUUUUCUUCCUGUUCAUAUUUAUGAUUAUAACUAAGAUGGACUUCAAUUGUACUCACCAUUGUGCUAUUUUUAAUUAAAUGUAUG